AUGGGCGAAAACGCGACCUCGGAAGAGCUACCUAGCUUUACCUCCGCCGAUCGCAUCCGACAGCUGAAUGAGAUGGACAAGGAUGUUACUAAGCUUCUCAAUUCUGCCGGUCUCGCGAUCCAAGCCUUGACCAACGCCAAACCGGACUCUUCUGUUGCAUCGGAUGGAUCACUCGACUCGCACAAAACGCGGUUCAAAGAAGCAAGUGCGAAAUACUUCGCGCUUCUCUCCUCGGCUGAUGUCACCCUUCGCCGCCAGAUCUACUCUCUAGAGGAAUCAUCUCUCGUAGGACCCGAGAAAGCCUCGCGCGCCGGGGACACAAAAGCUGCAGCCAGAGGCGAGGGAGUUACGGUAGCCAAAUCGCGAGCUCCAAACUCACUGGAUAUCAGUCGCCUCAAUAGCCGGAAGGAUACUGUUGGGAAAGAUAAGGAGGCUGAGUUGUGGGCGGCUGCUCGGAAAUUCAUUGAGGAGAUGCAGAAGUCUUCCGAGACAAGUAAAGAUUCUAGGCCAGCGAAUGAACCGGAGGACAUGCAGGUGGAUUGA